UGUUCUCGCGCAGUAUUAAUCAGCAUUUUACUAACCAAAAUAAAGCCAGAAAGAGAUGUUUUUGUCGAGCUAUAUAUUUUACAAAUUUUUAACAUUUAAAUUACUUUAAAGAAGGAGAAUAACAUAUCCAGAUAAUCAACUGAAAGCAACUAUGGCUCCUCCCGACUCAGGGACGCAGCGUCAGAUACAGCGACAAAGACAAACAAGUACAGAUGAAGUUAUGGUUGAAACACCAGAUAUUGUGACCUUCUUCAUUGCUGAUAGAGUUAGGGAACAAGGACUUGUUGUACCAGAAGAAAUGAGAGCCAUUUCAGUCAAUGGUGAAGUGGCGUCAUGCUUAAGACAGGUUGGCGAUGAUUUAGAAAACAAUCUCGAACUUAACAACCUUAUUGGCCAAAUAAAAGUCACGCCGCAGACCGCAUUCGAUACAUUUGCGGACGUAGCAAAUAAAAUAUUCGCUGAUGGUGUGUACAACUGGGGACGUAUAGUGACAUUGCUGUACUUUGGCUUUAAAUUGGCUUCGUCUGUCAUCAGUCAGGUUCCGUUGCUCAAGCUUGUCGUUGAUUGGGUCGUUAGAUUCGUCAAGGAACGAUUGGUCAAUUGGAUUGCGCAACAAGGGGGAUGGAGAGCCAUCACAGACCAUGUCAUGGAAACAGCACGACAAGCAUCCACGUAUCAAGUAGUUGGUGUUGCUCUUGCUGGCAUUGCAGUUUUCAUGAUGGUCCUUGGUCGAAAGUGAUGCGAUUGCUUAUAAUAAUGUGGUAGAAAACUACCACGGACUAAGUUUCCGCAUGUGGUCGUUGUGAUCAAAUCUACUUUCAAUUUACUUAACAUUGAUAUGAACCGAGUCGAACAUGAUGCAUGAGUGCGUGCAAUAAUUUAACCACAGCCCGCUUUCACUAAGCGAUUGAAAUACUACUUGAUGAAACUGUAGCUGUCAGUAUCUUCAUUGUUGUCAAUUUGAACUCGACUUUUUGAAAAUUAUUAGUUUUUAUUCACAACUCCUUCA